AUGAACACACUUGUAAUGUGUUAUGAUGUCCAAGCAGACAUAUUCAUUCUCACUCUUCACUUGUCAAGUACAUAUACAUUACAAACAUUAACUAUGAUUAGCUCAACAAACAUCACUUUCGUUUUGUUCUUCGUUCUUCUCUAUUCGCCUGUUGUCCAGUCUCUCCAAGAACUUUCACUCGAUCUUUCCAUCAAAGAAGAACAACCCAAUGGCACACUCGUCGCUGAUUUGACCACUCACUUUCCAUUCUUCGCCAACGACUCUCACGGAUAUCUUGUCAAGUUUGUUCGAUCGUGUCCCAACAUCUAUCUCGAUCCGCACAAUCCAUUCUUCCUCCGAGCAUUCACAAUCGAUCGUGAACAGCUCUGUCCAUAUGAGCGCACUUGCUCCUUCCACUGUCAACUCUUUCUACAAAAGCGUGACAUUCAUUUCAUUCACCUCAGAUUCAACAUCGAAGACAUCAACGAUCAUCCAGCACAGUUUCGCAAGCGAAUCUACUCAUAUGAACUCGAUCAGAAUCUGCCUCUCAACUACCAUCUUCAACUCGAACAAGCCGAAGAUCAAGAUUAUCUCUCUCGACACACCUAUUCUCUCAACAUCUCAUCCUCAUCCUCAUCCUCUCACUUUCCAUUUCGACUCAACUAUGACGAGAGCAACCAUCUACUCGAACUCAUCCUCGUCCAACCACUAUCCUCAUCCACUCGCAAAUAUGCAUUUGCGCUCAUCGUGGACAAUGACGAAGGCAAAGAAGAAGAUCGAUGUCUCAUCGAACUGAAGAUUCUGUCGAACGAACAGAAGAACUCGUCACCUCCCGAGUUCGACUCCAAAUUCUAUCAGUUCGUCAUCUCUGAUCCUAAUCAAACAUUCGUCGGCAAAGUGCAUGUUCAACACCAUGAACAGUCAAGAGAGACACAUGACGACAAAGUCUACUAUCGAUUGAUAUCAUCGAGUGAGCAGACCAAUGAUCUCUUCAAAUUAAACGAAAGAUCGGGUGAGAUCUAUCUCAGACAGAAACCUUCCGAACUGAGCCUGAACGAGAUGUAUGAGUUGUUCGUCGAAGCAUUCUAUGCCAACUAUCUCUCAUCGCUCACAACUGUUCACAUCGCUGUCAAUCUCACUCACUCGACCUCGUCAUCUGCAUCCACUUCUCAACAACAAGAUUACUUCAUCGAGAUUCUUAUUCCCAAACUCUUCCACAAGAAUGCAUCCAACCUCAACCAGAUCUAUCUACAAGAGAACUCCACAGUUCCACUCACGCUUCUGCAGUUGUUCAUUUCAUCUUCAUCCAUCUCACUUCUCAACGUCACUCUCACAUCCGCACUUCGACUUGACUUUCGCCAGUACUUUUCACUCAAACAACUCGACAGUGACGAUCAACAAUCAUUCGAGCUCAUUCUCAUCAGACCGUUCGACUACGAACUCAUUCAGCACUUUCAUCUCGACUUCGUUCUCACUUCUCACAACUUCACGCACAAGUCGUUCGAAGUGUUCGCCGAGAACAUCAACGACUGUCGACCAGAGUUCGACGAGAAUGAGUAUCGCUUCGAAGUACAAGAAAACAAUGUAUUUCCCCUGCUUCUGCACACUUUCCAUGUGUUCGACCGAGAUCAGAUGGAUAACAUUGUGUACGAGAUGCAAAUGCAAGAUGACGAUGCAUUUGUGCUGAACUCCACGAGUGGUCAACUGUGGAUUAUGAAGUCAUUGGAUCGUGAAUCUCGAGCACAAUAUUCGUCGGUGAUUUGUGCUUUUGAUCAAGUGUUUCGCACUUGUUCAUCCCUUGUCAUCGUUGUGCAAGAUGAAAAUGAUAACAUUUGUUCUUUCAAUUCUUCAUCGCUGACAUUGAACGUUGACGAGAAUCUUCCACCACACUCGCUUCUCACCCGACUACAAGCAUUCGAUCCAGAUCAAGGAUCUAACGGAACAUUGCACUACGAGUUCGUGUCACCCACAUCUUAUCUCACCGUAGAUCCAUCGACUGGCUCACUCUACACAUCACCGUCACAUGUGUUCGAUUAUGAGCUCAUGCAACAGUAUUCCAUCACAGUCAAAGCUUGUGACAACAUCCGAUCGUUGCCAUCGUUCUGCUGCUAUUUGCAAGUGAACAUUCAUCUCAAUGAUAUGGAUGACAAUCGACCCUAUCUCACCUAUCCAUCGAAUACCAAUCAAUUGUUUCUCAUCAACUAUUCCAACAAGUCCAUGCCUCAACUCAAAGCAUUCGAUGAUGAUAUCGAAACAAAGAAUCGACUCAUCUCAUUCGACAUUGUGGGUGGCACCCUUAACACAUCACUCUCGGUUGAUCGUCAGUCGGGUCAACUGUAUCUUGUGGAUGAUCACAAUCUACCUUUGUAUGGAACACUGGUGAUUUCACUCUCAUCUCGAACUCUCGUUUAUCUCACUCUUCUCAUUCAUGAUCAUCAUACAGAUCCUGACCGUUUCCUUCGUCUGCAAGAAGAGUCACAGUCGACAUCAUCGUUGAUUGCGUCGACGUUGUCCUCGCCGCUGUUCUAUUUGAUAGUGUCGAUUUGUAUCGGCAUCAGUAUCAUGGUGAUGACUCCGAUCGUGUUGAUGUUAUACUUUUGUAAACAAAAGUCUCAUCACGAUAGUAAUCCACUAAUGACAACACCGUCGACAACGACACUUUCUGGUCGAUCGAUCUCGACGACGGCGACUGGAGUGAGUGCGAAGAAACUGUGUGAGACAUAUUAUUCGUUUGGAGAUAGUGCCAGUCAUGUACCAGUUAUUCAAGUGUAA